GAGAUGUUGCUUCGCGCGAUACGAAGGGAGACCAAGACUCGUAAAUGUGGAGGUUAUGAAAAUAUUUGUCCAUAGUUCCGAAAACAAAACCUUAUGGAUGGUGUCGGGAGUGACGAUGACCAGCAUGUUGCUCUUGAUGAUACGUUUAGUACAGUGUGUGGAGAUUUAGGGCUUGGGGACGGACUGCGGCCUACUAGCUACUUACAGUUUGAACUAGGUUUUAUGACUGAUGAACCAUCGUCGUCAAAUGGAAAAGAAGCAAGCAGUAAACAAUCACAAAAUGCUAGAGAAAACGGGCGUGCAGGUGGAGCAAGAUCAGCAAAUGGUGAUCAGGGAGAAAAUCAAUGGCAAGAAAAAAGGCUCAGCUCUGAUUCGGUUUCAUUACUUUAUUCUGGGAAGAAUUCACGCGAAGAUAUGUCCGAGGAAGUGGGAGAAACAGAACAGUUCCCGACUUACGCUGAUGUACCUUAUGGUACGUCUCUUAGGCAGCAGAAGAAAUUGUAUGAACAAAAUUUGGGAAACAUUUUGAAAAAACAUGGCGCUGGACAUACUUCUAAUGACGGUGAAGAUAAAAGACCGACAAAUGAAGAAAUUGAUGACAAGUUGCAUUCAGCUCUGCAGGAGGUUGAAGAGUUAAAGCUAGAUCUUGAAGUGUGUCGACAGAGACUUGAUGCUAAGUACCAGGCCAUUGCUGUUCUUAAGAAACAAUCAGAUGAGAAUAGUCAUGAACUUUUGACAAGUGAGCUGAAAGCAAGAGAGAGGAACAAGCAGCUGGCGGAGCCUGGUGGUGGCAGUAGUGUGGUGGUGGUGGAGCACGGUGCCUUAGGUUUUGGGGAGACACCCAGAGAGACUUUGCAGCGCAAGUACCUCAGAGUAUGUAAAGAGAAUGCUGAGCUUAUAUCCACUCUGGAUGCUCGCUCAGAAGAGCUAAGCCGGACGAAUGCUCAUAAAUUAGCUCUUAGCCAUGAACGCGAAGAGCUUCUCGCCAUGCUUGAUAUGAAAGACCGUGCCAGGUUCAGACUGUGUCAUCCUUUGCUUUCAGAAGAAGAAUUUUCCCAUUAUUCUACAACAGAGCUUGCUGUGCUUGGAGUCUGUCGAUGUCAUGGAGCAAGGCAUGAGCCAUGUCAUUGUGCAUAUGCAGCAGCAAACUUGAUGCGGGAAGUCUGCAGACUCAGAGAUGAAGCUAGGCAGAUGCUUCAGAGGCGCGAUGAGGCCUACAUGACAGUAGAUGCAUACCGACAGGCGUUUGAGGAGCAGUUGGAGAAGAGCCGAUGCCUGUCUCGGCAGCUUGCCAGUCUUGCCACAUCAGCAUCACGGGCUGUGAAAGCACGAGCUGCCAUAAAGUGGCUUCUGAGUGUCCUUGCUGAUGAUGACUAUCCCCCAUUAACCAGGGAUGGUGGAGACAACUCACCUACUCACACACCAUCUAGCCUUGAAGCGCUUACUCUUCCUGAGUUGGUCUCUCUCCUCACUGAGAUGCUGCACGAGAAAAAAGAAGCCCUUGCUCACCAGAAGCUUGCUGCUCAAGUGUUGGCAGCACGUCUGCACGAAAUGGAGCGCAAAUUACAGCAGUCUUCAGAAUCUGAUGGGGAUGUGCAUCAUGGAUGAACUUACAUUAUGUCUUGUCACAUCAUGCAAAUGAAGCACAAACUACAGCAGUCCUCAGAAUCUGCUGUUGUGUGUUGUGGGUGAAUUCACAUCAUGUACAGGUUUUUAAUAUUUGUUUUCUGAAUCAGACCUUGAGACAUUGUUACAUAAUCUUUAAUCAUUUUACAUCAUUUUGAAUUUUGGUUGCUAACCCAAUAUGCAGUGUUCUAUUUUGUUUUCCGCACUUUUUGCAUAAAAGAGAAAUUCACACACAGGUUUACACUUUGUCAGCCUUAGACAGUGCAGACUUUAAUGAUCACAUAUCAAGUAAAAAUGAACAAACAUUGUUCUUGUUGAUGAAAGUUUACAAUAAAGCAUUAAAUAGGCUCCAGAAUUUUUGUUUUAAUUUGCUGUAGAAUUCAGCUCACUGUCUUGUGAUGUUGACACUAUCAGCAUUGACCUUGCAAAGUCUGAAAAGAAACUGAAUAACAAAGAUUAUGCAAGAGCGAGACUGACAUAAAUAAGGAAGAUGCAGCUGUAGAACUGCACAAUUUUAGGGAUUUGUGGCUAUUAGUAUAUAGCCUACUUGUUACUAUAUAGAUAACUAUAAGUCUCAAAGUGCACAGAGGUGAACUUUCUUCCAUAAUAAAAAUCAGGAAACCUGGAGUGAUUUUGUUGGAGCUUCACCCCUAGAUAGCGGACAUUUUAAAAUGAAAUUAAAGGACAGAUAUUGACUAUUAUCGUAAUAAUGAACAAGCAAAACUUACUAGAUCUUUAUUUUGGUCUUCAUUUUGGACACUAAAACAGUACUGGCAGUAAAAGAUAAUGAACACAAUGCAAUUAACCCCCAAACAAUGAUCAAGAACUCAAACUAAAAUUAAAAGUUUGCUUUUUUGCAGCAAGCAUUCUUGUGAUGUCCUUUGAAGUCAUGGUCUCUUUUUGUCACUAAAAAAAAUUAAAAUCAGAAAAAUGUGUUCAGUAACAUUUUUUUUCAACAAAUGAUCACCAAACACAAGAACACAAGCCAAUUCUUAAAGUAAUCCAACUACUAGGCUCUCAACUCUCCCAUGAUAAAAGCUAAAAACUUGCCAAUAUGUAUUUUUCGGCUCUGUUUCUAUUGAUGUAAUGUAAGGAAUAAUUUGUGCUAGAAAUUUUGUGAAAGAAAGCAUUUAAGCAAUGUGUAUCUAUGUAGUGUGCUUGUAUUCGAAGUGUAUACAUGCUGAUAUUAUUAUUUUCCCUCCCCUUUCAACUUUUGAUACCUAAAUUACCACCAUGCUGCGAUCACUUCUUUAUUCAAGCACAGUAUAAAUCAUUGCUCAUUUAUUGGAGCAUGCUAUGAAACAAGACCUUCAGCAUCAAGUUUCCACCACUUUUAUAUGGCUAGGUUACGAUGCUUUUGUCACUUUUGUCCACUGGUUUGUUCCUUGAACUUUUCAAGACAGACCUUGCAAAAUCACUGGCUGUGUCAAUAUUUUAAACACGGGUCAUAAUGUGGGUUCUAGCUUUCAUCAAUUCCCAUGUCCAAUGCUUCUCCACUCCAAACGUUUUGUCAGUUGACCAUCACUUUAUCUCUAAUGUUCAAGAACGGCAUUUUCACAAGUGUCAAAUGCCAACCAUAUUUUUAUAGCAACCUAGGCAAAUGUGGUGGACCAAAUUCCAAAUUGGAAUGAGUUUUCCUAGCACAAGGUUAAGCUCAACCAUUGGAAAGAACUGAAGGGAAAGUGGUAAAGGACUGAUGGAUUUGGACACUUUCAGAACUGGAUUCUGGCUUUCCAGCCCUAAAUUUUACCCUUUGCAGUGUUUGAUUUGAAGAACGAAAUCAUUUUCUCUGCAGGAUUCAAUGUUCAUGUGCUAGCCUCUGCAGUACCUAACUGUAUGAGGCGGUCCGGUGGCCAAACGGUUAGCGCCUGUCACCAAUACAGUGAAGGUUGGCUGUCCUGGGUUCAACUCUCAUCUUGGGCACACUGUUCUUUCUUUGCACGUGGCAUCUGUUUACAGGGCUGGCUUCCUUGCCGUGAUAUAGCCAUAGUUGCUGGCGCGGUGGAAAACACCAAUCCCCCUUCCCCACACCUAACUGAAUGAGAAUGAAAGAAUGUUAAUGUAUUUUGCUGCAGAACACAAGUUGUGUUUUAUUUGGUAUGAAUAUUUCAGGGGAGCGUUAUUUGGAAACUUGUGUAUCACAGAGUUAGAUCAUGAUUGAUUAUUUAGUAUAUGUAAUGAACUAAAUAAAGCUAGAAACUUGGAA